AUGAGAGAACAAUUUCGUGCUGCUAAAGCAGCUAAAGAACAAGCAAAAGAGAAUACACAAGUAGCAACCAUUCAAAUAGAUUGGAGCGAGAAUUACAACUUGAAACAAGCAAGAGAAGAAAAAGGAGCGUAUUAUUAUGAACAACAUAUUUCUAUUCAAUCGGGAUUUGUAUGGCUGAACAAAAAUGCCUUCAGUUUUGCUAGUAUUAGCGAUGACACCUGCCACAUGGCAGAAGCAGCGUGGGCUGCUAUUCAAGAUUUAUUGAAAGAUUUAAUCGAUAAAAAUAAUAUAAACAUUAUCAAUUUUAUAUCAGAUUCGCCAGUUUCUCAAUAUCGGAACAAGACGAUGAUAUUCUUGAUGAAAAAACUUGCCACUGAUCGUCAUAUUGAUAUUAAAUGGAUUUUUCUAGAAUCAGGCCAUGGGAAGGGUGUUGCAGAUGCUGUGGGAGCUACAGUUAAACGAAAGUUCGAUGAAACUGUAGCAUUUAAUCCUGAUAACACAUUUGAAAAUGCAUUAAGUCUGAUCAAUGUUAUAAAAACAAAUACGGAUAUUAAAUUAUUUUUAUAUGAUACAACAAAUAUUGCAAGUUUAAGAAAAAUCAUUCCAAAUCUCAGAACAGUAAAAGGUACUGCAUCAUUUCAUGAAAUGUUUGCAACUAAAGAUGGGAAAUUCUACGCCAAAACAGUGUCAAAUGAACAAGAAAAACUUGUACAACUUAAAUUUUAA